AAAAGAAAAGAAGGAAAAAGAAAAUGCAGUCCAAGAAUGACAGUGUGGGGACUUUAAGAGCAGGGAACAGCUCAGCUGAAGAAAAUAGAAAAUUUCCUCCUUGGUGGUUAAUUUUUUAGCUCUAAAUCUUGUGGUGGGGGGAGUCUGUGGGUAAGGCUGGGGUGGAACGGCACUGACCUGGUUCACCCUACAGACCUGUGCCAGUGGGAAACUAGACUGACAGGAACAUAGUGUAAUCUAUUUUUUGGGUUGAUUUGCAUAUGCAGAUGAGAUGCAACUAUAGGCAUGAUUAAAUUGUUUUGCUGGUGCAGCUGCUAAAUAUUUGCUUUCUGUCUAGUGCUGGAAAAGUCAUUUACAUCUUGGUAACAACCAAAACAUGCAUUUCUCAAAUCAGACAAAUGAUUCCUUAAACACACACACACACACACACACAGAGCAAAACAAAACGGAUGCCAUCAUUUCCUAACCCUCCUGAAAGUGAACUCUAUCUCCCUGGAAGCCCUUUUCCCAAUGGGUUUCUGGACUAGAAGGUGAGAGCCCUGGACCACCCAUCAUCGAGAACAAGCUGCUCCAAGCCUUCUGCACAUUCCCUGGUAUACCAUUCUUGGCAGGUAAAAAAAGUGAAAAGCCAGUGACUGGGUACACGUUAUUGGCGGGGCACCAUUCUCUAUGCUUUAGGCAUUUUUCUGUUUAUUCCUUGCCAUCAUUGUAGGGGAUAGGGAACUGUGAUUUUACAGUGAAGAUGCUGAGUUAAGUGACUGCCCCACAAUCACACAGUCAAGAAGCUGGAGUUCUAAUCCAGAAGGGCCGACUGCAGAGCCUGUGUCCUUCACCUUGAUAUCAAGUUGCCUCCCACAGUAAUUCUAAUGGAGACCAUCUCUUUUCUAACAUUCCUUUUCUAGAUGCAGAAUCCUAAGGGAGACCUGUGGGGAUCGCUCCCAUGUGAGGCCCCUAGGAAAUGGGCCUCGCCAUACGGUGAGCUUGAGCCCGGACACAGAUCCCUAGUUGGGGGAGUCGAGCUGAGGGAAAGCAGGAACCGAGAGAGGAACUAUAUGUUAUUCAAAAUAAUCAACAGUCAUUACUUUAUGGAUAUGAGGACUUGGGAGGCAUUGUGUCUACUUUCGGCUUCUUAUGGUUUAUUGUCUCAUUGUGUUCAUUUUGGACCCGUGUUACCUUCAUUGCAAAAUAUUAACUUAAAUAUUUACACUUGGUAACUUACCGUAACUUACAGGGCGUAACUGUAACUUAUUUACCAUAGCUUACAGGGCGUGACUGUAAUUUACUUACCUUGACCUAUUGGGCGUAACCUACUUACUGGGCGUAGCCUACUUCCUGGUCUUAAUUUACUUACUGGGCGUAACUUGCUUACCGUAACUUAAGUACGUUAAUCUGGCGUAAACAACUUUAACUUCAGAAAAGUAUAUAAUGAAACACAUUGCAAAAAUAGAAUUGCUGCAUGAGCAUAGCGCAUGUAGCCCUCCAGACCUUGCCUUUUCUAUCUCCUUUUUUCCGGGGCGCGCGCUCUCUUCCAGGUUUGGGACCCUCUCACUGGACGAGAUUCCCGGGCUCGCGUUCAGUUCACAACAGAAUCCAUUAUCCAAGGGGAGUCUUGGCCAAAGCAUAAAAGACAACACAGAUAGCAAUGGAGGUGUUCUCACUGAAGCCGGAGUUGGACCCUCCUUCAGUUUUUGUGACACUGAGUCCUGGGUUCCUAGGGACCCAUGUCUCUUCUGAAGUGGCCCUUCCUGGGAUUCUGCUGCUCUUCUCACUGGUUGAUCCUUCUUUUAAGUGCAGUCAGUCCUCAUAAUCACAGAUUUCUUAUUUUCGAAUUCAUCCCCAAACCAAUACUCAUCGGGCUUUCUCUGCCAUUUUGGACAUGCGCAGUGGGAAGUGUGCAUGGCUGACACAUGCGUCCUCAGCUGGGGGAAGCAGGGGCCACCCUGCCUUUUGUUUCUGCCCUCACAAGGUCAAUGAGUGCUUUCUCCCAAGGUCUUGUUAGUGCCAUGUUUUUUGCAUUUUUGUGCUUUUGGUUGGUGAUUUUGCCAUUUAAAGUGGUCCCCAAUGGGUUUAGUGGCAAAAACCUGUGGCCUCAGCACUUUAGGAAGCUGAGGCAGGAGGACUGCCUGAGGUCAGGAGUUUGAGGCCAGACUGGGCAAUGUAGCAAGACCCCCAUCUGUACAAAAACUAAAAAAUUAGCCAGGCUUGGUGAUUUAACCCUGCAGUCCCAGCUACUCAGAAGGCCGAGGUGGGAGAAUGGCUUGAGCUGAGUAGUCCAGGCUGCAGUGAGCUAUGAUCAUGUCACUGCACUCCAGGUAAGGUGACAGAGCAAGACCCUGUCUCUAACAUUUUUUUUUAAAUAAUGAAAUAAAAUGGCCCCAAGCAUGAGUGCUGGCUGGUUCUCCUAAGGGCAGGAGGGCUGUCACAGGGCUUGCAGAGAAAGUACACGCUGGGUUUCAUUCAUAUGUGAGUGAUAGUGUUGUGGGCCAUGAUCUAAUGAGAAUGGGUUAAUAUAUAUUAAAUAAGGUGUAUUUGAACAGAAACACACAAAGUAAGGCAGUGUCCUAACUGGUCGGUGAAACUGUUGUCAUCUAACCUUGUAUUUCCCCAAGGAAACCGUAGUAUUCACCAUUCCAGUGUUGGUGGUAACUUUGUAAAACAUAACUACUAUGAAUAAUGAGAACUGACUGAACUCAUCCUUUUUAAAGAGCUUCUUAUCUGGCAGAUAAUGUGCUAGAACCUUAUUUAAAUGAACCCCACUUCUCAAUCCCGUAUGUUUAGUAUCAUUACCCCAGUUUAUAGAUGGUAAAACUGAGUCCUAAAUAAUUUGCUAACAUCACUACACUAGAGAGAGGUGAGGCCACCGCUGAGCGCCACGUGGCACAUUGUUCUGUUUCCUUUCUGUUAACGCUUUCUUUCUUUUCUCUUUUUUCUAGAUACACUGCCCAAGGUGGAGUGCAGUGGCAUGGUCCUGGCUCACUACUGGCUAAUUUAAACAGAUUUUGUAGAGAUGAGGUCUCUCUAUGUUGCCCAGGCUGGUGCUGAACUUCUGGCCUCAAGUGAUCCUCCGUCCUCAGCCUCUCAAAGUGCUGGGAUUACUUUGAGCCACAGGCCCGGUGCUGACCACUUAUGUUUACUGGACUAUCCCAGUUUGGCAUCUUGUAUGUUUGAGCCCCUGACUCCCAACUGGUUUCUUUGGCCACGGUUGAACACAGUUCUCUCCACAUUUCUGUAUUCUACAGACACUUACAGAAACCUUCCCAUCAGCGUUGGGAUGGUUACAGACAGCCAGGAGCUGAUGCCCAGACGCCUCCACCUUUUCUUCCCUUACCUCCAGCUAGCUUCAGGUAGCCCUUGGAGUUUUCUUUUCUCUCCCUCUCUCUCUUUUUUUUUUGAGAUGGAGUCUUGCUCUGUCACCCAGGCUGGAGUGCAGUGGUGCGACCUGGGCUCACUGCAAUCUCUGCCUCUCGGGUUCAAGCGAUUCUCACAACUCAGCUUCCCGAGUAGCUGGGACUAUAGGUGCCCGCCACCACGCCUGGCUAUUUUUUGCAUUUUUAGUAGAGACGGGGUUUCACUAUGUUGACCAGGCUGGUCUCAAACUCUUGACCUCAGGUGAUCCACCCGCCUUGGCCUCCCAAAAUGCUGGGAUUUACAGGCAUGAGCCAAUGUGCCUAGCCAGAGUUAAAAUUUCCAAGUAAAGCAAAAUGUCACGUAGCAGGAAAGAGAAAAAAAGAGAAAGAGAAAAAAGACAAGGAAUGGGGACGGUGCAGACUUCGAGGAGGAAGAGGAAAGGUGGCCAGGAUGGGAAGGGAGGGGGUGGUGAGGGGGCGGCAUGGGCUGCUCAGAAGAUGCCCCGAAGGAUGGGGCCAGAGGAGCCAGCCCUGAGAUGUGUCUGUCACUGACAUUGGGUCAUUCUUUACAUUUCAAAAGCAUCUUCACACCUCUCAUCAUAUUUUGCGUGUCACAGUCACUGUGCGUGGGUGAAGAACACAUUCUUUAUUCUGCUUUCACUGAUGAGAAAACCGAAGCACGAAAAGCUCCAGUGAUUUGCUCUUGGUCAUGCGGUGCUAAUUUAUUCCACAUUUGGGACAGGCUAUUUCUAUCACACAGCAAGAUUCAGUUAUUGCUUUCCUGAUAUUUCAUUUUUUAAAGCCAAUACCAUGAGCAGUCUAUUAGGAGACAAAGAAAUUCCCCUUUAUUUUACACUUAUACCCCGUGACUAUUUCAGUAUUUUUACUUAACGACAAUUUCUCGAAUUUCAUUGCUCAUGUCGAAGCAUUUGACUAAAAUACAGCAAAACGCCUGUUCCUUUCAAGGGGGUCAAAUCGUCUUCCGUGGACAGGAGCGUGUCAUGUGAGUAAAGAUGAAAGUAGCUUUGCUGCACUCUUCUGGGAAUCUUUCUAGGGAUAUUAGUAAAGUCAAGAAUAGAUCAGAAAUGAAGAAAAGGUGGGGAUGUAAAGAAUAGCUUUCAUGGAAAAUUGAAAUCGUUCCUUUUAAAGUGUACAAUUUCCACCCUGAUCAUACAUCCCAACGCUGCACCAUGGGUUCUUCCCAGAUAUGAAGGCGGCUGCAGGGACAGGAUUUUGAUGCAACUGUGAUUGAUGUCAGCAGGUCCAGACCGUGAUAUUUCAUGACAAAUUUAACAGACGUUUAUUAAGUAGAUUCAAUGGGAACAGCUCCAGGCUAGAUAGGGCUGGAAGAUACAAAGGGAAGAUGUAAUCCGUGAAGGUUGUAGAGGCCAGUCAGGCACUGAAAUCCACAGAUACAGGUUGUUGUGCGCCUACUUCAUGCCAGCUGCUCUUAUUUUACGCCAUCAUUUCCCGAAAGCCUCCCGCACAUGCCAAGUGGAAUGGCACGAUUCUGCUUACUGUAAUAUGAGUCUGUCUGGAAAGGUGCAGUGACUUCCCCAGUGAACAGGGGCGGCCCCGGGCUUUGCACCCAGGCUUUUGCCUCCAGACGAAGAGCUGUCACUCACUGCACAGGAAGCAGCAGGAGAAUAAUCAAGUCACAGUCUCAAGUUGGGACACCAGGCUGAGAUCCAGAUUUCUGCCUACACCAAUGACAGAAGAGUUCAGCAUAAACUCGAGAUCCUAUGGGUUUGUGUGACAGUGGCAUGGUGACUCAUGCGUGAUUGAGAAGACAAAACACAGACAAUUUAAGGGCUUUUGCACAAGUGAAGUCGUCGUGGAAAUGUUUUCAAGGAGCAAAUGCCUUUUUAAUAGAGAAACUGACUUGGCUAGUUAGCAGGUUUCUUUCUUGAGUUAAAAGUAGUUGCUGCUAUUAUAUCCUGAAGCGUCUGGCUGUCCUGGUGGGGACAGAUGAGCGCUGCCACAGGCCUGGAAUAUACCAGGGGGUAAGAAUAGCCCAUAAUAAGAGAUGACUGCUGUUUGCUCUGCUGGUCACUGCAGUUGUUAGGAAUGUUCUGCCUCAGAGGGCUGUCUCAGCUUGGAGACAGAAAAACCCACCUCCUGCUCCUGGCUCAAACCUUUGCUUUCCAUCUGCAGCUCACACCUUGAAGUCUUUGGAGUUAAAGGACAUUUAUCCGGGCAAGGAUUGUUCCACCUCCUUGGAGAACAGUCCUCCAUAGUCUCCUGCAGCCUCGAGCCUGUGACAUUCUGGAACAUGGAAGGCGUGGACGUGCUAGGGUUUCUCAUCAUCACGUUAAACUGCAACGUGACCGUGGUGGGAAAGCUCUGGCUGGUCCUCACGCUGCUGCUGCGGAUGCUGGUGAUCGUCUUGGCGGGGUGCCCCGUCUACCAGGACGAGCAGGAGAGGUUUGUGUGCAACACGUUGCAGCCGGGAUGCACCAACGUUUGCUACGACGUGUUCUCCCCCGUGUCCCCGCUGCGGUUCUGGCUGAUCCAGGCCGUGUGCCUCCUCCUCCCCUCCGCCGUCUUCAGCGUCUACGUCCUGCACCGAGGAGCCGCGCUCGCCGCGCUGGGCCCCCGCCGCGGCCCCGACCCCCGGGCCCGGGCCCCGGCCCCCGGGCAGAGGCGCUGCCCCCGGCCCUGCAGGGAGCGCGGCGGGCUCCGGGUGCCCGACUUCUCGGCCGGCUACAUCGCGCACCUCCUCCUGCGGACGCUGCUGGAGGCCGCGUUCGGGGCCCUGCACUACCUGUUGUUCGGUUUCCGGGCCCCGGAGAGCUUCCCGUGCACGCGCCCCCCGUGCUCCGGCGUGGUGGACUGCUACGUGUCGCGGCCCACGGAGAAGUCCCUGCUGAUGCUGUUCCUCUGGGCGGUCAGCGCGCUGUCCUUCCUGCUGGGCCUCGUCGACCUGGUGACCAGCCUGCGGCGGCGGAUGCGCGGGAGGCCGGGACGCCGCGGGGAGACCCCGAGCGCCGCCCCCGGGAAGCAGAGCGUAGGCCCCGGCCACGCGGAGGAGGGUGGGUGGGAGGAAGACGGGGUGCCGGCGCGCCCGGGUGCAUGCGCCGCAGCGGAGGGCGGCCCCACGGGUCCAUCCAGGGGGUCAGGGCGCACGGGGAUACCGGAUGAAGAUGAGAGCGAGGUGACGUCCUCCGCCAGCGAAAAGCUGGGCCGAGAGCCCCGGGGCAGGCCCCACAGAGAGGCCGCCCAGGACCCCAGGGGCUCAGGAUCGGAGGAGCACCCCGCAGUAGCCCCCAGCCGCCUGGCCGCGCACCCCUCCUGCAGCCGCCUGCAGCCCCCAGACUCGCCUGCAGGCUCCAGCGCUGCUCCCCACGGGAGGGCCAGGAAGUCUGAGUGGGUGUGAAAUAAACAGCACCCGGCCGUGCUUCGGGGCUCACGCCUGUAAUCCCAACACUUUGGAAGGCCCAGGUAGGAGGAUCGCUUGAGUUCACAAGUUCGAGACUGGCCUGGGCAACAUAGUGAGACCCUCGUCCCUACAAAAUAACUAAACAUUAGCUAGGCACAGUGGCUCUGGCCUGUAGUCCCAACUACUUGGGAGGCUGACGUGGGAGGACCAUUUGAGCCUAGGAAGUGGAGGCUGCAGUGAGCCAAGAUCCUGCCACUGCACUGGAGCCUGGGCAAUAGUGUGAGACCCUGGCUCCAAAAAAAAAAAGGACCAAGCUGAGCUGGGAGAGAGCCCUGCUGUCCUUCCCACACGGAAUGCCUGUGCCAAUGCACAUUCACUUUGGCAACUAAGGUCCUCAGACAGAAGGGCGAGCUGGCCUGGGAACACAUGGACCUCACUGGAGACUCUGAUACAUUCUCAGUACAGAUUUAAUUUGGAUAACACUUUUUUAUUUUUAAAAAAGCACAUGCCAUUCAAAUGCCCCAGCAAAACUAAAGUGAUGAAGUGGUCAGCUUUCUGAGGAUGGUGAGCUGGCUCUGCCCACUACACUCCCCAGUUCUAGUACCAAAUUAUUUGCCAUGUGUUUCAUGCAGGGCAUGUUUGCUUCCAUUAGUACAGUUUUUUUUUUUUUUUUUUUUGAGACGAAGUUUCACUCUUGUUACCCAGGCUGGAGUGCAAUGGCACAGCUCACCGCAACCUCCGCCUCCUGGGUUCAGGCAAUUCUCCUGCCUCAGCCUCCUGAGUAGCUGGGAUUACAGGCACGUACCACCAUGCCCAGCUAAUUUUUUGUAUUUUUUAGUAGAGUCAGGGGUUUCACCAUGUUGACCAGGAUGGUCUCGAUCUCUUGACCUCGUGAUCCCCCCGCCUUGGCCUCCCAAAGUGCUGGGAUUACAGACUUGAUAGUUUAUUCAUGUUUAAUAUUUUCUAGUGAAUUAUCAUGAGGUUUUUUGUUUUGUUUUUUUGCUUUAGAUGAAAGAAACAUGUUAUGCAUGUCAUAAAUAGAGAGACAUUAAACUUUUCCAAACUCCUGAAUAAAAUUGUAUUAGUUGAUUUUCAUACUGCUAUAGAGAAAUACCAAGACUGGGUAAUUUAUAAAGAAAUAAAGGUUU